UCCAGUGCUAUCAUGACAAAGGAUUAUCAAGAUUUCCAGCACCUGGACAAUGAGAAUGACCAUCAUCAACUCCGGAGAGGACUGCCUCCCACUCCACGGCUCUUGCAGCGACUCUGCUCUGGAUUCCGCCUCCUCCUGCUUUCCUCGAGCCUCAGCAUCCUGUUGCUGGUGGUUGUCUGUGUGAUCACAUCCCAAAAUUCCCAACUCCGGGAAGAUCUGCUGGCUCUAAGGCAGAAUUUCAGCAACUUUACUGUGAGCACUGAAGACCAGGUCAAGGCCCUGAGCGCCCAGGGAGGCAAUGUGGGAAGGAAGAUGAAGUCAGUGGAGUUGCAGCUGGAAAAACAGCAGCGGGAUCUGAGUGAAGAUCACUCCAGACUGCUACUGCAUGUGAAACAGUUAGUGUCUGACCUGCGGAGCUUGAGUUGUCAGAUGGCCGCACUCCACGGCAAUGGCUCGGAAAGGACCUGCUGCCCCAUCAACUGGGUGGAACAUGAAGGCAGCUGUUACUGGUUCUCCAGCUCCAUGAGGUCUUGGACGGAAGCUGACAAGUACUGCCAGCUAGAGAAUGCCCACCUGGUGGUGGUGACCUCCUGGGAUGAGCAGAAAUUCGUCCAGCACCACAUGGGCCCCUUAAACACCUGGAUCGGCCUCACUGACCAGAACGGGCCCUGGAAAUGGGUAGAUGGGACCGACUAUGAGACAGGCUUCAAGAACUGGAGACCAGAGCAGCCAGAUGACUGGUAUGGUCACGGGCUAGGAGGGGGCGAGGACUGCGCCCACUUCACUGUGGAUGGCCGCUGGAAUGAUGAUGUAUGCAGGAGGCCCUACCGCUGGGUCUGUGAGACAGAGCUGGGCAAGGACCAUUAGGAACCUCCCUUUCCCUGAUUUAUUUCCUUAAUACCUGAGCUGCUGAGGUUUAGAACUGGGAGAGAUCGUGCCUAAGGGUCUCCCUGCCUUUGGGAACUUCCAUCUAGGAUUUUAAGGGACUGGUGAAGAACAGUGUUUGAAGAAUGUCAUGGUGCCUGGUGGUGGUGGAGUGGCUAUUGAAACCCAUGGUGCAUUGUGCAGUGUGCAGCUCGCUACUGUCAGCUUUUUUUUUUUUAGAGUAAAAAGAAGAGAAAUAAACGUUCA